AUGCUCACCCUAAUCUCUUCACCGCCAAUAUCGAUCUCGCCAGAAGAACAUGCUCAAUUAACUUCUUCGACACCAAGUUCGUUCGUUGAUAUUCCACCUGUGCUUCGAUGGGUCGACGAUGUUCAAGUUGUGUUGUCAUCUACUCAAGGAGGCUGGGAAGGGUGGAAUCAAGGUAAAGCGAAUGGUAGAUUAUGGGUGACGGAAGAUUCAGUAGCUUUCAUACCAGCAAUCACAUCAAUACCAGGAUUCAAUCUUCCAUUCCCUUCAUUAAUUUUACAUGCUCUAACACCUUCCAAUGGAGAUGUACCCGCACACCUAUAUUGUCAAAUCGACGAAUCAGAUUCUCUUUCCAAUGCUAUCACUUCUGCUGGUCCAUCAAACCCAACACAAAUACAAACGCAAGCGCACACGCAAAUAAUAUCAGAUACGAAAAUGAAUGGAUCCAAUGGUGAAGACCAUCAGAAUAUCGAUGUAGACAAUGACGACCAUGAAGAAGAUGAUGAUGAUGAUGGAGAAGAGGGAGAAGAAUAUGAUUAUCAAGAGAAUGAUGAAUAUACUGAGAUGAGAGAGAUUAGGAUAUUCUUAAAUGAGUCUAAACUCGAACCAUUAUUCCAAGCAUUGUCAUCAUGUUCAGCAUUACACGAUUCGCUCUUACCGAAUGGAGAACCAUCAUCGUUCUUCGGAUUUGGAGGCGAUGAUGAUGCAGAAGGAUACGACGAUGGUCAAGGUCAAGAUGGACAAUGGGAAGAUGCAGAUGAAGAUGAUGAAGAUGGAAAUGGAAAUGCAAAUGGAGCUGGAAGGGUGAGAUCUGAUUUUCAUAGUGGUGGUGGACCACAAGCCAGAUUCAGACCGUAUUAG